UGACGAUCUCUUGUAGAUUAAUUAAUUUAGUGGUUAUGAUCCUCUGAGAAGAGUGACUUAUAAACACGAUGGAAUUGGGGCAGUUUUAUAGUUUUCUAUGGAUUUUAAUAUUGGUUACAUUGACAGCAUCCCAGGGUACAACAAUAACACACGUCUGUCCUGAUGGCUGGGUUUUAUCUAACAUAAUGUGCUACAAAUUAUAUGGAACGUCAUCUGUAACAAAAUCAACGUGGGACACUGCCUAUCGGGAGUGCAAGGGUAAUGGAGCUGAGUUAGUUACUAUUGAUGAUUAUUUCACCAAUCUGAAUGUCGGCGACUUUGCUUCACAGAGGAAUGUCAAUAUGUUUUGGACGGGAAUGAGUGAGAAGGGUGUGAAUACUCAGAAUGGUAUUGAAACAACAUGGAACAUGCACACAGCGGCAUCCAUUUACCAAGGGCGAUGGUCGGUCAGAAAUCCAGAUACUAGUUAUGGAGACUGUGUAUAUGUAGAGAAAAAGGAUGGAAAAUAUCAGUGGACUAUUGGAAACUGUCGGAUGAAGAUGGCAUUUGUGUGUCAGAGAACUCCCUGUUUACCACAGAGCUUUCACUGUGACAAUGGACGGUGUGUUAACAAUAAUUGGCGCUGUGAUGGAGUUGACGAUUGUGGGGAUUUCUCGGAUGAAGUCAACUGCCCGAGUAGAUGUAGUUUUAUGUACAACCAGGCCUUGGGUCGAAUCCAAUCCCCAAAUUAUCCUCAAAACUAUCGUGCUUCCCAAGUAUGCACUUGGACAAUUAUUGGGCCAGAGGGUUCUAAUAUUUUUCUAGAGUUUUCAUCAUUCAAUACUGAGAAAGACACAGACAUCGUGGAAAUCCUGAUUGGUGGCCGGACAGAAUCUACAGCCCAGUCCAUUGCCCGCUUGUCUGGGCAGCCCAGCCUCCCCACAAUCCGAUACAGGAGCCACAAUAAUUACAUGAUCAUCCGCUUCUCCACUGACUCUGCAACAGAGAAAAUGGGCUUUGCUGCAAACUUCAGUAGCUCACAAGAUGGCUAUCAAGAGCAAACAUAUCUGACAGCCAGAAAUACAGAUACCAGACUGGAGCCUCCACUUUUUAGUUCUCAUGGAAGCAAUGCUUACCUUGGAAAUCAAGACUAUGUAUGGAUAAUCACAGCUGAAGAGCACAGGAAAAUUAUUACUCUUGAGAGAAUGAAAAUAGAUCUGAUGGGUAAUGAUGUAAUAGAAAUCCGUGAUGGGGAUUCAGGAAGUGCCCCUCUUCUUGAGAAAUACACAGCCAGUAACAAUGAUAAUGUGGCCCUCCCUUUGAUGCAGUCUCAGCCAAUCAAAGGGAAAAGAUUUGUAUUCUCCACCAGUCAUGUGAUGUACAUCAUUUUUAGGACAGGCAGCUCAACCUCAGGGACUGGUUUCUCAUUUCACUAUAAACAGGGAUGUAAUGCAAGGUACACUGCUGAUGCAGGGGAGAUCACUAGUCCUGGAUUUCCCAAUGUUAACUAUGCCAAUUUCCAGACAUGUACUUGGACCAUAGAUAUACCCAGUGGUAAAGGGGUUACACUCUUGUUGGAUAGAAACCUUGCAUAUGAAAUUGAAGACAAUGUCGAUUUUCUACAGAUUUACACAAAUACCACUGAUGAAACUGGGGUAGCAGCCCAUGGGACAACUAAAGGAUUUACAACUACUACAUUAGGCAAUGCCCAGUCAUUUCACAGCUCUAAUGGAAAGAUGUUUAUCAAAUUUACAUCUACUGCCAUUAUUAACAAAAAAGGAUUUCGUUUUCUGUAUUCCAUAGAUUGUCCUGAUGCUGGUUUAACGACUGCGUCUGUGUUGAACCCCUCUCAGACUCCAGAACAAAUCAGACAGUUUGAGAAUGAGUUCACAGUUAGCUGCCAAAGUGGAUAUAAUUUUCGUUCAGAUGAAUUAAAUCUAUCCACUGCCAAAAUGAAGUGCAUGUAUGGGGGAAAGUGGUUGGUUGAGCAGAAAACUCGAACUAUUCCAAAGUGUCAACCUGAAUAUUGUGGAGAACCUGUUGCUGUUGACAAUGGUUACAUCUCACAAUCCAAUGGUGUUGUUUAUGGUUCCUAUGUGACCUUCACCUGUUUCCCAGGAUUCACUCUGGGUGGUUCAGCCAACAUCACAUGUCAAGCUGGUGGAACAUGGUCAGAAAAGCCAACUUGUAGCUCUGCAAGUUGCCCAACACCUGCAGUUAUAAACAAUGGUCAGCGCUCAAGCAGUGAUACCCAGUAUGCAGCCGUUGUUAAUUAUACCUGUGAUCCUGGGUACCAGAUAAUGGGGGCACCAAUCUUAUUCUGUCAGUCCACAGGCCAGUGGACAGCAUCAGAGCCACAGUGUAUAAAAAUCAAAUGUCCCAUUCCCAAUAUACCAAAUGGCCAAGUGUCCUCUCAGACCCUGCCCGAUUAUCAGGAGACAUUAACUGUCUCCUGUAAUACUGGGUACAAAGUGAAUGGAUCUGCCACCAUUACUUGUCAAGAUGACAGAAGCUUUGGAACACUGCCAACCUGUAUCAAUAACAAUGAAUGUGAAACAAGUAAUGGAGGAUGUGCACAGAACUGUACAGACACUGAGGGGUCAUACUAUUGUACCUGUAGAGAGGGCUACACACUUAAUGCUGACCAGAGACAGUGUGAUGAUGUUGAUGAAUGUUUGGUAAAUAAUGGAGGCUGUUCUCAAGUCUGUAAUAACUCUCCCGGCUCCUAUAGCUGUUCAUGCAACAUGACAGGAUAUGUCCUCUUUGAUGUGAAUGGCAGAUCUGGGUAUACCAUACAGUCACCUGAUACCGGCUCCAGGUCUGGGGAUGUGUAUCAUUUAGGACAUACCUGUGUCCGAAGAAAUUGCUCAGAACCUGCUGUGGUCAAUAAUGCCAUGCUGAUGACUAAGCGUGCUAUGCAUAGAUACAUGGACAAGAUCUCCUACAUGUGUGACCUAGGUUAUGUAAAGACUGCUGGGGAAGAAAUGUUCACCUGUGGAGCAAAUGGGGAAUGGACCCCCUCUCAGACAACAUCUUUAUUACAAUGUUCAGUUGCAUCAUGUCCAGUAGCUGACCUGAAUUCACUGAACUUAAGAAAUGCCCCAACUCUUAGUACAACAAACCCUGUUAACUACCUAGACUAUUUGAAUAUGACAUGUACUGUACCAGGGAAGGGUGUGUUUGUCAAUCAGCAACAGUGCCUUUACAACAAGCAGACAAACACAUAUGGCCUGUAUGGUGCUCCAUAUGAAUGUGGUGUGAUUGACUGUGGGACCCCACCACAAGUAACAGGAUCUUCAUACACAAACUAUAACCCAGCUUCAACAACCUAUGGAAAUACAUUUACUUUUGGUUGUGAAAGGCUCCAAACAAGGAAAGGGUCUUCUAACACUACAAAUGAUGCCACUGUCACAUGUAUGGCUGACGGUAACUGGGACUUUGGAACUCUGCGAUGUGAAGGAACCAAAUGCCCUGAUCCUGGUUAUCCAAGAGGAGGUUACCUUUCUGCGGAUGUGAAGGGAUUCCAACUGGAUCAGGUUGUCACAUUUGGCUGUAACAGGGCAGGAUUCAGUAUCCCAUCAGGGAAUGCAUUGAAGUGUCAGCUUAGUGUUGGUGGGAAUAGUCUGGAAUGGAACGCUACCACACCUGCUGAGUGCCAAGAUACUGAAAAUCCCACAAUCAGAGGAUGUCCAGGAAAUUUGACUCUAAACCAGUAUACUCUGAUCAGUCACAAUCGGCCCUCUGUGAAUGACAAUAGUGGAAUUAAGACUUUCGAGGUCACACCUGUAAAUGCCAAUACAACCCUAGUGUUGGAGACAACUCCAAUCACCAUAAGUUACACUGCCACUGAUUUCAAUGGGAACACCGAUAGGUGCAGUUUUACUGUGACUGUAACAGAUGAGGAGCCUCCAAAAGUAACAUGUCCAUCAGCAAAAACAGUGACAGUUAUUGAUUCAGAGGUCACCAAUUUCACAGUUAAUCCUGCAGAGGUAGUGAGAAGUGACAAUGUUGGGAUUAGAUCCACCACCUACAAUCCUCCCUAUCUUACUGUGAGCCGGAGCUAUAUUGGUACAACCAGACCAGUGACUGUAACAGUGACUGAUACAACAGGAAGGACAGAUCAGUGUCAAGUCCAAGUGUACACCACAGCUGCUGCAUGUUCACCAUACUCCCUGGAAACCCCUGUGAAUGGACAGAAAAACUGCAGUGCCACCUCCAAUGGGUUCCAGUGUGACUUAAAGUGUGCUCAGACCUACACAUUUUAUGAUGAUCCUGGAGUAACAGUGAAGACUUUGACCUGUACCACAGGAAAUCCAUGGGCUUCACGCAUCCCAGCAUGCACUCCUGAAAAUCAGCAAGCCCUAUACACUUCCUUGGUUACUAUCACUUACCAAGUAGAAACACAAGGUCAGACUAUUGGUUCCACUUGUUUUGACAAUGCUUACAAGUCAGCAAUUUCCACGCAAACACCACUUACUGAACAGGCUCUGAAGGGUGGAUGUUCUGGAGGACUCUUCCCCAAUGAUAAUAUUGAGAUUAAUAUCAAUGAAGACUCAUCAUUUGCCACUGCAUCAAUAAGUGUAGACACGGUAAACAUAACCUACACUGUGGAGCAGAAGCCUUUUGGAUACGAGGAAUCAAAGUAUUCUGCGUGUGCAACAAACAUUUUGAGCAGAAUGCAGUCUUUUGACAUCAGUAUUAAAACCAUAUCAUCCCAGGUACCAGGCUGUCCUAAUCUUAUUCGCACAAAUGCUGUCGAGAAUUCCAAGGGAUUCAUUUGCUCCACUGAUAAAAAGAAGGUGACAGUUGGUGGUAAAGACUAUUGCUUGAAUUGUCCAGCUGGAACAUAUCUGAGUGCCCCAAACACCUGUACUCUGUGUCCAUUGAAUACCUACAAAAGUUUUAGCGGAGCCACAGCUUGCACACCCUGUGGAUCUGGACGAGGCACCCACAUCACUGGGGCUACAUCAUCUGGGCAGUGUUUCAGUUUUUGUGCAGUGGGUACAUACUCCACCAGUGGAAUGCCCCCUUGUAACCAGUGUCCGAAAAACACUUACUGGGUUAACAGCACGUACUGUCAGGCUUGUCCUGAUGGAGGGAAGACAGUCAGUGUCGGUUCUUUCAGUAUAGGGAAUUGUAUCUCAAAAUGCAGUGUAGGUACAUCUUCCUAUGAUGGUUAUGCUCCCUGCAGAUCCUGUCCACUGCAUUACUACCAAGACCAGAUGGGGGCUACAUCCUGUGUCAGGUGCUCUGAUGAUAAAUACACAUCAUCUGUAGGAAGUUCAAGUCCUUCAGACUGUAAAGAUGCCUCAGACUUGUGUCCUGCCCUUAGUUGUCAGAAUGGUGCCACUUGUGUUGCUCGACAUAACUCAGCCAUUUGUGAGUGCCCUGUUGGUUACUAUGGUACCAGAUGUGAGAUGCAGGUCAACAACUGUAUUUCACAACCUUGUUACAAUGGUGGAACUUGUGUCAGUGGCAUUAACAGUUACACCUGUAGCUGUCCAGCAGGUACAACAGGAAAUAGGUGUGAAACGGAUACAACGGAUGAAUGUAGUUCUUCUCCGUGUAAAAAUGGUGGCAUGUGCGUGAAUCUGUUGAAUAGCUUCCGGUGCCUAUGUUUGGAUGGAUUUUCUGGAACAACGUGUGCCAGUCAGUCUAAUAUAUGCAACACUCAGCCGUGCAAUACUGUCGGCACUCAGGAAUGUUUGAAUUAUGACAACAUACGCCACAUCUGUAAAUGUAAAUCUGGAUACAUGGGAAAUGAUUGCCAAACAAAUAUUGAUGACUGUGCGUCCAAUCCUUGUCUGUAUGGUGGAAACUGUACAGAUUACGUGAACACGUACACAUGUAACUGCCCUGUAGGGUAUGGAGGCCUACGCUGCCAGAAUCGGGUCAAUCCCUGCAGUCUCAAUCGGUGUAAUAAUGGCCAAUGUGUGGAUGCCUAUCCUCUGGACAGUUACAGAUGUAUCUGUAAUCCAGGCUAUUCUUAUGGUCAAAUUUGUCCAUAUGAAAUGUAUCUGAACAAUGGAACCAGCCUAAGCAGUUAUAGUCAGCAAUCGGGUGUGACUAUCAACUUCUGUCGACAACUGUGUGACAAUGAGGUACGAUGUCAGGCCCUUACAUUUGGAGCUGGAAGUUGCUUAUUGUAUCAAACUUCUCCAGUAACCUCAACCUUCACCAGUGCACCAGGUUCUGUUCUCAACAUAAAGAAAUGUAACAGUCCCGAUGAUGAUUACUGGAGCCCCUGGUAUGACAUGGGUCCUCCAAGUGCAGGAACAGAAUCAGAAAAGAGAGCACAGCUGUCCACUUAUGGCGUAAAUGUCUGCAAUGGAACAGUUCCAAUUGCUGCGGAAUGUCGUGUUGUUGGUUCUGGGGUAUCAUCAUCACAGACUGGGAAUGUGUUUUCUAUGGCGUGUGGAGUAGAAGGAAUUGAGUGUACAGACCAACAAAAUAAUCCCUGUGAUGACUAUGAAGUACGCUACAAGUGUUCUGUUUACAAAGUGUUUCCAGGUGGUACCUGUAAUGUAAAGAACUACUGUUCAUCAAACCCGUGCAAAAAUGGAGGAUUCUGUAAUUCCAGAUUUAAUGACUUUACAUGUAGUUGUCCAUCUGGGUACACUGGCAAGCUUUGUCAGCAUGACAUUGAUUCUUGUGGCCCAUCUUCCUGUCAGAAUGGUGGCACCUGCUAUGAUAAAACAGGUAGCCAGGGAUAUGGAUGUACCUGUCCUGCAGGUUAUUCAGGGGAUGUAUGCCAGAGCAAUAUUAAUGAAUGUGCCUCAAAUCCCUGUAGUCCUGAGGGAAGUCUUGGCUGUGUGGACAAAGUCAAUGAUUUCUUCUGUAAUUGUAGACCAGGAUUUACAGGAAAGAACUGUUCUGUGCCGAUUGAUGAGUGUGCGUCUGCACCCUGUAUGCAUGGUGGGAACUGUACAGACCUUGUGGCAGAUUUUCAAUGCACAUGUCCUGAGGGCUGGGUCGGUAAACGAUGCCAGAUGAUUUAUGAUGAAUGCCAGUCUAAUAAUAGAUGUCCCAGCACAGCUCCGUGUAUCAACAUUUUCAAGAAGUCUUUCUGCAGCUGCCCUAAAAAUACAUAUGGAGAUGUGUGUCAGAACAAACCAGACAUUUGUCGUGAUGUGAGACCUUGUUUGAAUGGAGCUACAUGUAAAGAAGGAAUCUCUACUUCCACAUGUACCUGCCCAAAUAAUGACUACAGAGGAUUGGGUUGUCAGACUAUGAUUAGCCAUUGUGCUGAUCCCAGUAAGUGUCAGAAUGGAGGAACCUGUGUUAACCUGGCCCCAGGUUUUAGAUGUGACUGCCAACCAGGCUAUGCUGGUGUUAACUGUGAAGUAAAUGUAAAUGACUGUGCUGGGGUUUCCUGCACUGGCGGCAGUACAUGUAUUGAUAUGGUGAAUGCCCACUACUGCAGGUGUCCGCUAGGAAAAACUGGAGAGGGAUGUCAAAGAAAUCUGGAUGUGAAUUAUGAUAUGUACUUCUACCUGACAAAGCAAGAUGGAUAUGCAGCACUGCCCUACCCCAUCUCUAUGAAUGCCGACUCAUUCUCUAUCAGUGUUUGGGUUCGCUUUUAUCAUUCCUCCAUCACUGGAACCUUCCUCACUAUUUUCAUUGCAAAGUCAGCCAACAGUUUGACAGGUGUGACAAAGUUCCUUACCCUUGACCACAGUGGAUUAACAGUGUAUGACAGGGAUGGUCAGAAUCCACGAACAGCCAAGUAUCAGCUGGAGAAGGUGGCUGAUGGAAGGUGGAACUACGUUGUGGUGACGUGGAAGAAGGAUGGUAGUUUUGAUUUAGUGGUAAACAGCUUACGACAGGCUGAGAUUACUGCCACCAAAUACAAUUCUACUUUUGCCAAAAAUAUUUGGGUGACUCUUGGUGGAGACUUUGAUAGUUCCAUAACUCCAACAGUUGGAGCAGGUUUCCGUGGAUAUGUAAGCCAGUUGAAUAUUUACAACAGAGCUCUAAGCUUUGAAAAUGAGAUGCCUCAACUAAUUACUGAUCCAAGAAAGGUAUUUGAUGGAACCAUACUACGCUGGAAUGAAUUCAUCUAUCAUCGAGGUGUACAACCAGUGUAUCCAUCAAGUGCACAGAAACAGUGUACAGGCAACAACUGUGUAACUUACAACAAGGUCUACCCCAUAUUUAAGACUCCCUGUCCUCCCAAUGUGUACAAAGUGUCGACAGACAGACUGACUACAGUCACAUGGACAGAGCCUAUUCCAGAGAGGGCAACAUCUCAAGAGAGUACCUAUAAAUCAGGAGAUACAUUUUUAUGGGGCAAAUACACCAACACUUAUGCCAUACGUGAUGCUACUGGCAGCUCGGUCUCUUGUUCCUUCAACAUAUAUGUUAUGCCUGAGAGAUGCGUAGAUCCCACACCCCCACAUUUAGGAACAAGGACCUGUGAGAGGAGUUAUAGCCCUUACAUUGGCUGUAGAAUUGCAUGCUCUGAUUCUACUAGAAGAAUUGACCGAUACACCCCUAAAGUUUACACUUGUGGACCUACAGGGGCAUGGAAUCCGUCCAACAGAAACAUUCCAAUUCGCUUCCCAUCUUGUGGAUUGCUCCAGAACCCGGCAAAAAAGAAGCUAAAAAUAAGACUGGCAUAUCCAAGUAUUUCUACUGCAUACUGUACAGGAAUAAGAAACACACUUCCUACAAAAAUACAAGAAAUCAUUGCCUCCAUUAACCAGAAGUGGGGAAACAAAAUCUGUGGACAGACCGACUGUGGUGAUGUGACCAUUGUUAUCAACUGUCAGACAUCCAGUGGAAGGAGGAAACGUCAGACAACACAGAGCCCAACAUCAGUAGAUAUCACCAUUCCAGAGUCAUUAGCCUCACUCACAAGGAGUAAUCCCCAAGAAACACUCACCAUUGAGGAGAUUCUGACUAGAAAUAUCCUGGAGUCACAGCUUUUUGAUUUUUCGGGAACAAUUCCCAAAGGCUCACCAGAUCUGAAUCAGUUCACUUUAGACUCGACUGACAGCUGUCCCAGUGGAGAGUCGGUGGUGGAUGGCUACUGUGUCAAAUGUGGACCAGGAAAUUUCUUCAACAAUGUCACCAGUAUCUGUGACGACUGCCCUGUUGGAACUUACCAAGAUCUGGAUGACCAGGCCUCUUGUAAGCCAUGUACUCAGGGAUCUAAUACACAGACUGUAGCCAGUACCAGGUCAACAGAUUGUAAAACAAUCUGUGACCCUGGACAUUACCAGACAGGAAGUAGGUGUGAGCCUUGUCAGGUAGGCUUCUACCAGAACCAGUCAGGAAUGUUCUAUUGUGACCCGUGCCCUGUAGGUCAAACAACUCGAGCGGUUAAAUCCACCUCCAGAAGUGAAUGUUACAAUGACUGUAAUCCUGGUUUUGAGCUGGCCCCCAAUGGUACAUGUGUACGUUGUCCUUUGGGUAAAUAUAGAACCCUGGGAACCACAGCAGUAUGUGUUGCUUGUCCUUCUGACAAGACAACUCCAGCAACUGGUUCCACCUCAGUAGCUGACUGCUCACUCAUUUCUUGCCUCCAAGGAACUUAUAGAGAUGGAGAACCAGGACAGUGUGUACAGUGUGCGAAGGGAGAGUAUCAAGAUGAAAAAUGGCAGACAUCCUGUAAAUCGUGUGGUGGUGUACGAUACAUGACCCUCAAUAAAGGCUCCACACAAAAGUCUGACUGUAUCUUCUUCUGUGAGAGUGGACAAGAAGUGGACAAUAGCACCAGUUCACUGACCUGUGUCAACUGCCCCGUAGGAACUUACAAGGAUAACUCAGUAGACCCAACAAGCAAAUGUGUAACAUGUCCAGGAGGCAAAUUAACUGCCACAACAGGAUCUGAUUCCAUUGAUGACUGCUCUAUUUUCAGAUGUGCUGCUGGUUACCGGCCCAAUGCCACUGCCAAUGGCUGUGACCCCUGUCCUUAUGGUACUUAUCAGAGUCAAGCAGACCAGGAAAACUGUACCAUGUGUCCUGCUGGUUACAGUACUUAUCAAAUGGCUUCCACUCAGCAGUCCGACUGUAAAGUGUUCUGUGAGUCUGGGAAGGUUCGUAAUGAACAGCUUCAGAGAUGUGAUGACUGUCCUGUCGGUUACUACAAGACAAACACGGAUUUCAAGUUCAGUAAUUGUACUAAGUGUCCCAUGGACUACGUCACUCCUGCUACCGGAUCAGAUUCUGUUGCGGACUGCACUGUCAGGGAUUGCCCAGCAGGAACAAAGAGACAGACAGGUGAUACAGGAUGUGACGGAUGUCUGAGAGGACAGUAUCAACCAAAUCCACACCAGGCAACAUGUUUAGACUGUCCACCCAACACAUACACCCGCAGUGUCAACUCCACCAAACUGAGUGACUGUGAAACAUUCUGUCCAUCUGGCCAGGAGAAGACAGGGGGAGUCUGUGUUACUUGUACAGUUGGGUACUACAAAGAUAACAAUGUAGAUAAGUUCUCCAUGUGUACUCUAUGUCCUGCCCAAUUCAUCACUGCCAACAAUGGAUCUACUGCAGAAACAGACUGUACAAUAGCCAAUUGUUCUGCGGGACAUUAUCGAGAUGGUAACAACCAGUGUCAGCCAUGUGCCAAAGGUUACUAUCAGCCGGACCGAUGGCAGACAUCUUGUGUUCAGUGUCCCACAGACAAAACCACAGAAUCAACGGGAUCUACCUCCCUGAGCAUGUGUCAAUUACAGUGUAGUCCUGGUUAUGAAGACAUCAAUGGAACUUGUAUGAAGUGUAAGGUUGGAAAAUAUAAAUCCGAGUAUGCUGCUGCCCUGUGUAAACCAUGUCCUGAAGGAUUUAUAACACAAGCUGAGGGAGCCACUCAUGAGACCAAUUGCUCUGUCCCUGCCUGCAAUGCUGGAUCUUACCUUGAAAACAACAAGUGUGAGCUUUGCCCUUAUGAUACAUACCAACCAAAGAAAUGGCAGACAAGCUGUGAAAACUGUCUUUCACCUACAUCUGUGACACAAAAAAUGGGUGCCAGCAAUGCUGACGAGUGUGUGGUGGAUUGUGACUCUGGUGACCAGUAUGAUCCUAUAACUAAAGGCUGUAUUGGUUGUCUGCGUGGCUACUACAGAAACAAAACUGUUCGACAACAGCUAACAUGCCAGAUGUGUCCAAUAGAAUUCAUCACUGUUGGUGACCGUGCCAAAAGUGCCAAUGACUGUACCAUCAAAAACUGCACCUCCCCAGGUCAGUACAGGAAUCCAGCAGAUAAUCAGUGUACAGAUUGUCCAGUGGGAACGUACAAUGACUAUAAAUGGCAGGACAGUUGUACCAACUGUCCACAAGGCUACACAACCAAAACAAGAGGAAUGACCAGCAGGGAAAACUGCACCAGGGAUUGUCCAUCUGGACAGUAUGAGUUACAAGGUGUCUGUCAAGUUUGUCAGCAGGGUACCUACAGAGACAAAACUGAAGGGUUUGAAUGUAAGCCGUGCCCUGCUGGAUACACCACACAAGGCACUGGAGCCACCUCUCGUUCUGACUGCAGCAUAACUAACUGCAAUGCAGGAGAGUUCUUUAAUGACCAGCUUCAGAGGUGUGAGCUCUGUGGUAAUGGAACAUACCAGGAUCAGCCAAGGUCAAGUAGCUGCAAGUCCUGUGGAACAGAGGGAUAUUUCACUGUCAACAUGGGCAGCACAUCUAUUUCAGACUGUAAAAGGUUCUGCGAUUCUGGAAACAACAAUUGUCACCUGGCUGCCUCCUGUACCCCCACUGCCAACAGCUUCACCUGUCAGUGUAACCAAGACUUUGAGGGGGAUGGCACCAACUGUACUCAUAAGUGUGAUUUAGGCUAUUGUGUACAUGGAACAUGCAUCAAGUCACCUAUGCUUGUAUGUCAGUGUGGUACAGCCUAUCUAGGAGACAGGUGUCAAAUUCGUAAAGAUUUCAGUAAAGAAUCGCAGCAACAGAAUGAGACAGUGAUUAUUGCGUCUGUGACGGCAGGAGCUGCUCUUAUGAUUCUAGCCAUUCUGGUUGUCUGCUGUGUUGCUAGGGCACGCAAAAGACCAGAGAAGUACAGUCAUCAUACAGAUUACACAGGUGGACCACCAAUGGAUAAAGCUGCGUUGUAUGGUCCACCAUUUCCCACGAGUCCAUAUGAUAAUUACAGUAUGAGGUCAUAUUCUGCUGGUGGAUCCUUUAGGAACGUAACCACAUUGCCAGAAAUUUCAUAUCAUAAUCCAGGUUUUCAAGAUGACCCGGCAGUUUACCAGGCCUGAGAAAGAAAGAGUUUAAAAGUUAAAGAAAUCAACAUUUUCAUGACAAUAUGAGCCAGCGAGUGACUGUGCCACUUUGAUAAUAUCACUGUGUGAUGACCUUGCCAUAUUAUUAUUCAUCAUACUCAUUAUACUGUAUACCUAUACUCCUGCAUCUUAUGUUUUGUCUUCAUUUAUUUAUGUCUUGUGUUCUUCAUUUAAUCAAAGUGAUAAUAUUAUAAGCAUCAAAUAUUGCAUUUUCAGAUUUUUAAUGACUUUUUUUGUUUUCGCAUUUUAUUGUUUAUUUUUUUGAAUGUCUUAUUUUUUUACCGAGUGUUAAUAGUUUACAAAUGUUUAUGUACAGAAAGUUGAAGAAAAUGCACACUCUAUUGUUGACAUUUAUAUGUCGAGAUAUUUUACCCCUAGAUCUCUCAAUAUAGUCCCUAAUAAUAAUAAUAGCAAUAAUGUGCCAGCUGGGAUCUGCAAUAAUGCUGUGAAUAUAUAGAUCAUACACAGUUGAGAUAUAGACCAGGGUACACAAAAUAUCAGUAGAAGAAAAAUCUGAAAAUGUUAUACGAAGUACUUAAAUUGUAAAUAGCUGAGAUAAUUAACUCUUUUUAUAUGUAACUAGGUCAGGGUCACACAAGGGGUAGAAUAUCUUUAUUUAUAUCUGACUGCUGAUUGGUAUGUUAAAUGAUGUAUUCUUAGCUUGGUAUAUUCCAUAUAGAGUGACUGGAGAAGAGCAUUUGUUCACUUGGAGUUAGGUAUUUUUAAAAAUACUCUGAAAAAAAUGUGUAUGGUUGACAAAAUAGCCUCACUACAGCAAUCAAAUAUGAUGUUAUUAGCUUAUAUACUCAUUUUUUUCUGUCAUAAUAAAAAUUUAUAUACAUGUACGUAUUAAAUAUAUUUAACUGGAUUUAUGUAUAAUCAAUAUUAUGCAAGUUUACAAACAUUAUUAUGUUGAUGAUUUA